CAUUAAAAAUCCACUAACUUUGUCUAGAAGGUUAGGCAGAAAACCAGAAUCUGGGUUGCUUGGUUGCAUGACGGAGGAAAAACAGGGAAAGAACGAGGUUCCGCAACCCAGAAGCAGCAGCAAGUUUAAGAAGGCUUUGGGAGGAGUUUUUGUUAACUUAAGGCUGCAGGAAGGUAGAAAUUAACUACAGGCAGCAUACACAUUUCGGGAGCCUAGGAAGCAUCUGUUAACCCAAGUGCAGGCCCAGAGCCAACGUUGGUAAGACAAAUUUGAACUCUGCCCCAAACCUAGACUUGGCUCACUGUUUGAUCUAAAAAGCUAUGUACUAGAUGUAAAGAAACAUCAAGUGCUGCUGUAAGUGAAACUAUGGGUUUUUGUACUGUGCAGUUUGUACAUAG